AUGUUGGGAGAGUCAGUGGAGGACCUGAAGAAGACUUCAGUCAGCGCGUCUUCUGAACUUGAAGACGUGAGCUGUGAUUUCUGCACUGACACAAAGCUGAAAGCUGUCAAGUCCUGUCUGCAGUGUCUGGUCUCUUACUGUGAGCAGCACCUCCAGCCUCACUAUGAAUCCCCUGCCUUUGAAAAACACAAGCUGGUGGACCCCUCCCAGAAGCUUGAUGACCAUGUCUGCUCUCAUCACAGUGAAGUUAUAAAGAUCUUCUGCCGCACUGAUCAGCAGUGUAUCUGCUGUCUGUGCUCCAAGGAUGAACAUAAAGGCCAUGACACAGUCCCAGCUUCAACAGAAAGGAAAGAGAAACAGAGAGAGCUCGAGGUGAGUCAGCAAAACAUCCAGCAGAGAAUUAAAGAAAAGGAGAAAGACGUGAAGGUGCUUCAGCAGGAGGUGGAGGAAAUCAAUCAGUCUGCUGAUAAAGCUGUGAGAGACAAUGAGAAGGUCUUCAAUGAUCUUGUUUCACUCAUCAAAAAAAGAAGCUCCAAUUUGAAGCAGCAGAUCAGAUCUAAGCAGAAAAAUGAGUUGAACAGAGUCGGGGAGCUUCAGGAGAAGCUGCAGCAGGAGCUCGCUGAACUGAAGAGGAAAGGGACAGAGCUGGAACAGCUGUCAGGCACAGAAGAUCACAUCCACUUCCUACACAGUUACCCUCUUCUGUCGUCUCUAAGUGAAUCCACAAACUCGCCCAGUAUCAAUAUUCGCUCACCGUGUUACUUUGAUGAAGUAACAGCAGCUGUAUCAGAGGUCAGAAAGAAACUCGAGAAUACUAUUAAACUUGAGUGGACCAAGAUCUCACUUAAAGUGACCAGUGCUGAUUUUUUACUCCUACCGGAGCCAGAACCCAAGACCAGAGCUGACUUCUUGCAGUAUUCACGUCAAAUCACACUGGAUCUAAACACUGCACACCCACAGCUGAUAUUAUCUGAAGGCAACAGAAUAGCUAGAUUGACGAUAAAAAAACAGCUGUAUCCUGAUCAUCCAGACAGAUUCACUCAAAGACAGCAGGUUCUGAGCAGAGAGAGCCUGACUGGACGUUGCUACUGGGAGGUGGAGAUGGGACCAGCUAGUGCUACAGUUGCAGUCACAUACAAGGACAUUAGCAGAACAGGAGAUGAAAGUGAAUUUGGAUGCAAUGACAGGUCUUGGGCUUUAGAAAAUUCUGUUGAAUUUAUUCACAACAGCAUGAGCAACACCAUCUCGGGUCCUCGGUCUGCUAGAAUUGGAGUGUACCUGGAUCACAGUGCAGGUGUUCUGUCUUUCUACUGGAUCUCUAAAACCAUGACUCUCCUCCACAGAGUCCAGACCACAUUCAGUCAGCCGCUCUAUGCUGGACUCAGUGUUUAUGGUUGUGGUAAUUCUCUGAAAUUGUGUGAACUCAAAUAG